AUGGUAGUGGUUGACAUUGUCAACCUUACACCAUCAGUUCCCUUGAACAGGGGUAUCCCAAAAGAAGGCUGGACGGGCAAAAGGGCUUCAUAUAAUCAUCUCAAGGAUACGGGGAUUUCUUCGAUGCUCGAAACCAUCGAAAGUAAUUAUGACAAUGAUGAUGAUCAAAGCAAUAACGGUUAUGAGUAUUUUGAAGUUAAAGGUGACUUAGAAUUUCUCGACGGACGAUAUAUUAACGAUAUCAAUGAAGACACCGAGUACGACGAUGAAGAUGAUAACGAGAUUGAUUUGGGCAACUUCUCAUACGAAGAAUUGAUAGCUUGGGAAGAGAUAAUAGGAGUAGUGAAGAAAGGGGUAUCCGAGGAAGAGUUUUCUUCGUGCUUGACGCCGUUUAAGUUUCGAUCCAUCGAACACGAAAAUGGAAUUGUUCGAUGUGUAAUUUGUCAAGUCGAAUACGUUGACAAUGAAGGAUUAGUUGCUCUUCCUAAUUGUGAACAUCCAUAUCACUCGGAUUGCAUAAGCAAAUGGCUCGGAAUGAAGAAGAAUUGCCCCCAUUUGUAG